AUGGCGAAGACCCUCGGCACGCGGAAGGAGGCUGUUACGCUUCCUCCGCUGAGACCUCCCAAGCCGACCCUCAAGUCGAGCUUCAGAAAGGGCCCUCAGCAUUUCGCCAACAAUAUGUGCUGGCAUCAAUACGGACACAACAUGGGAAUUCUGCUCAAGCAUCUUACUUGCAACAUCAGAGAAGAAUACCAUCGUUCCGACAUGGCUGACACCAAGUCCAUCAACGGUAGCGAGGCGGCUCCUGCCGCUGGUCGCGUCGGUGCUUGGACCGAUGCUGAGCGCUUCCAGCUUGUCCUCCGCGUGCUCGCGACCGUGCUUCCUGACGGCAAAGGAGUUGACUGGAAGAAUGUCAACAUGGAGGGCCGCACUCUGAAGGCCUUGCAGGGCCAGUGGACUGCUAUCAUUGCUCAGAUGCGUGAGAUCAACACCGGCGAGAACGGAGAGGCCGCUGCCCCGAAGCAGAAGACCCCCCGCAAGACUGCCGUCAAGAAGAAGGCUGUCGCUGCUCCCGAGGAUAGCGAGGAGGCCAACGGCGACCAGGAGCGCAGCGAGGAGACCAAGCCGGUCACUCCGAAGAAGCGCGCUGCGGCGACUAACGCUGGUAAGUAUCGCAUCCAGACACUCGAUUCCCAACGAUGCAUGAAGCUGAUCUAUUACCAACCAGAUGGCACUCCCAAGAAGAGACGCACCCCGGGCAAGAAGGCGGCCCAGGUCAAGGCCGAGGCUGAAGAGGCUCAGGAGACUGAGGGUGAGGCCAAGGUCGAAGGAUCUGAGACUCAGGUUGAGACCAAGGAUGAGAAGGAUGGCGAGCAGUAG